CCCUUUGUCUCUCUCGUGCAUGUCGCGAGCCGUGUACGCCCUGAGCAAUCUGCUCCCAUGCUCCCAUGCCCCGUGGAGCUAUGCGUGCCCAGAGGCUGCCAUCAGACGCCCCGCUGGUAUCCAGCAGUGCCCACUUUCUUUUGCUUUAAAGCCUUCUUCCACCCCGCUCACACGACAAACUUCAAACUUCCUCUUCAUCCCUUUCUCGCCUUGCAAGUACUUGUCCAUUUGUUGUUUCCUCACAUCCUUUCAUCAUGGAUUUCCUCAAGAAGAAGAUGAAGGAGCUGCUGGACGAUGACGACAAGAAGCCAACAGACUCUCAGAGUGGCCCUCCUCAUGACUCGCACGCCGGCGCCCCCGGUGGUGCUGGCCCUGGCGACCGCUCACUGUCCGACUCAUACUAUGGGAACAGUGGUCCGCCCCAAGGCCAAGGCUAUCCUCCUCCACAAGGUCAAGGUUAUCCUCCUCAAGGUCAAGGUUACCCUCCUCCUCAGGGUCAAGGUUACCCGCCUCAGGGUCAGGGAUACCCGCCCCAGGGCUACCCUCAGCAACAGCCAUACGGCCAGGGUCCACCCCCACCAGUAGGCCCACCAGCGCCUUACGGCGCACCUCCUCCAAUGCCGCCUGGCUGGACCCAGCAAUGGGACCAGAACAGCCAGCGCUGGUUUUACGUUGAGCAGGCUACUGGACGUACGCAAUGGGACCCGCCUUCCCAUCUGCCACCAGGCCCAUACGCUCCUCCAGCCGCUGGCGCACCCUACGUGCCCGCAGCUGGGCACGAUGAGCGUGGCUUGUUCGGAAACACCCAUGGCCACCAGGGACACGACUACACUGCUUCUGGCCAAGCUACCAACGAAGCAGAGAAAAAGAAGGGUCACUCCACUGCUAUGCUGGCUGCUGCCGGUAUAGGAGGUAUCGCCGCUGGUGCUUUUAUUGGCCACCAACUUGCCGAUGAUAGUGACGACGAAACCAAGGCUGCUGCAGCCGCUGCCCCAGCCGCUGCCCCAGCCGCAGCCGCAGCCGCAGCGCCUGCUGCUGAUCCAUAUGGCUACGGCGCCGCUCCAUACAGUGCUCCUCCAUCGGAUCCCUAUGAGAACGCUGCAGCCUUCCAAGAACCUCCACCAGUUCCUACUCACGACGCAGAUGGCUCCUCCAUCUCAAGUAGCGACCGUGAGUCUCUGGAGGAGAAGCGCCAGGAGCUCAUUGAGGCACAGGAAGCGUACCAAGAGGAGCUUGAGGAGGCCUAUGAUGAUUAAACGCUGUGAUUUUCCUUUCCUCUUCUUUCAAUUGAAUCUCUUUUCUCAUUGACUGUAAGGACUUGCGAAUAACACAGAGCGAGUUUGAAUAUCGAUCAAAUGGAAUUUUGUUUCAUCCUGGCAUUUAGUAAAAGCAAAUUCAAGAAAGAGAAAGAGAAAACUUCAAGUAAAUCAAGUCCAUUAUCCAAUUCAUUGCC